GCGCUUUCCUGUUCUUCUGCCACGUCUCUGCCAUUUUUGAAUAUUGCAAAAAUAUACACUGAAAACGUGCAGAAAGAUAGAGUUAGCGUUCACUAUGAAAUCCGUAUUAUACUUAGUUUAUUCUUUUAUUCUAUGUGAUGUUAUUUUACUGGUAAGUUCGUUAUCGUUUACGCUGCCUUCUGGUGCCAAAAAAUGCCUCAAAGAAGAAGUACACAAAGAUGUUCUAGUCACUGGCGAAUACAGAUUAUCCGAUUCUCCUAAUCAAAAGACGCAUCUAAAGGUUAUAGAGACUUCAGGUCAUGUUUUGUACAAAAGAGACGAUGCAACGAAAGGAAAGUUUGCAUUCACCACUGAUGAUUAUGAUAUGUAUGAAGUUUGCUUUGAAAGUGAAGCAACCCAGGCUGGWGGAAGUGACCGUGAAAUCUUUAUUGAUAUCAAACAUGGUGUAGAAGCAAAAAACUACGAAGAUCUUGGGAAAGCAGAGAAGCUAAAGCCCAUGGAAAUAGAACUGAAAAGACUAGAAGACUUAGCUGAUGCUAUUGUUAAUGACUUCGCUUACAUGAGGCAAAGGGAACAGGAGAUGAGAGAUACAAAUGAAUCAACCAACUCAAGAGUGCUGUACUUCUCUGUAUUCUCUAUUCUAUGUCUGUUUGGUCUUGCGACAUGGCAGCUAUUCUAUCUAAGGAGAUUUUUUAUUGCCAAGAAGCUCAUAGAGUGAUUUGAUAGGUUAAUUUAUUUUCUCUGAUAAAUUCAAGGAACAUUAUUUCAGUCAUUAAGGUUCCUUUUGAAAUAGUAGAAACUGAUACUACUAUUAGAUGGGUUAUUGUUACAGACAAAUGUUCAUUGUCUUUUUUACUGGUGAAGUCUAAUGAAUCUAUUACCACUAAAUAUGCCAGUCACAAAUCUCUUGCAUAUGGGAAAGUUAAGCAUGAGCCAUAGUAUUUCACCUUCAACAAAUAUUUUUACUUUUUGCUUUACGAUUUGCGAAUUUGAACUAAAAAACAAAAAACAAACAGGAGAAUAAUCCAGUUUCGAAUUCUCCAAUGCUCUGUGUUAGCCUCAUUUGUGCGCAAAAUAUUCGUAAUU